AUGACUUUACGUUCCAAUGAUGAUUCUACACGGACUGUGUUUCCAAUGUAUUUUGGUCCGAACACAAAGUUUGGUGAUGCUGCUUCUACACCAUUGAAAAUGAUCAAGUUGCACGUCGAACAACAAGUGAAUGCAAAAUUUCCACUCAUACAUCAAGUGGCAACAACAAUGACAUUUAAAAAUGAACACAAUAGAGUAUUAGAAGGAGCUUUGGAAUUUACGCUACCUGAAACAGCAACUAUUUGCGGAUUCGGUCUUGAUGUUGAUGGUGUCAUUGUUGACGGUGUUGUUGUUGAAAAGCAAAAAGCUCGGGUGACAUGUGAAAAAGAGGUUCAGAAAGGUGUUGAUCCUGGCUUAGUUGAAAUGGUUCAAGGAAAUAUAUUUCGUACAAGAGUUUAUCCAAUACAAGCUGGAGGAAACGAAUAGCCACCAUUACCACAAUUCAAUGAAAAUGCACUUGAUAGUCAAAAAACAGCUACAAUUUCAACUAGGGUUCUAAAUGUGACGCACUAUUUUUUAUUUAGCGAUUGUCUUUGGACAGUUGGUAAUGAUGAUCCAACACUAUUCGAUCGGUGGACAACAAAACCAAUUUGGAUAUUGAAUGCCAAUUUCGCGCAUGAAUCAACAAAUUUUUCAUUGAUUAAUCAUUUAACUAACCUCAGUGGCGGUGGAUAUAUUGCACGUGAGAAAAUUGUAAAUCAGAAUAAUGUAAACGAUAUCAUCCAAUGGGUUGAUAGACCACAACCAAGAUAUAUCAAUACAGAUAUUCUCAAUAACACAUCUGUUCAUGGCAUUUAUCCAAGUCAUUCAGUUAUGUUAGCAACAAAUACAGAACAGUUUAUACUUGUCGGAAAAAUGUUAUCAUCGGUUCCAGUGAAUAUUGCAAUCAAUUUCAUGAUCUUGAAUCAGAUGCAUCGUAAAGAAUUGACGAUAGAUAAAGCAGAUCGAACAUUUAAAAACUAUGAAUUAUUCCGUCGAUUAUAUGCGCAACAAAUGUUAGCUGAAUUAACUGCAUUUCCGGAAAAAAAUAAGAAGCGCAUCAUAGAUAUUGGCAUGAAAUAUUCGAUCUUACGAACAGUUGCUUAUAAACUUGUUGAACUUGGUCUUGCCAAUUUAGCUGAAAAUAUUUUUCGACACAUUUCAAUUCUGCGAUCGAAUGAACCACAAUCAUUUCGAGAUCUAGCAUUAUUAUUGCAAGAAUCGACUAAUAUUCAAUAUAAUCAUAUCAUAGAAAUAUCAGAUCUAUUUAAGAAAGUUAUAUUAGGUGAAUGGGACAAUCGUUUUGCUGAAAUUGAAGUUACAGCAUUACACGAAUUGAAUUGGUUUCUAUUUAGAUUUCAUCAGCAACAGCAAAUAGCGGCAUCUCUUGAUAAUCGUCUAAUUCGACAUUUACAUGUUGAUUUAAGAAUAGUUUUGGUCUGGGAUACAGAUCUUGAUUUACAUGUUAUUGAACCAACUGGCGAAGAAUGCUAUUAUUCUCAUAAAAAUACAGCUAAUGGAGGUAUGAUAAGUCGUGAUUUUACACGUGGUUAUGGGCCAGAGGAAUAUCUGAUUCGCAAGGCAACUAAAGGAACAUAUACAGUUCGAGUAAAAUACUUUGCUAACCAUCAACAAAGUUUAACGGGUGCAACGACAAUAAUGGUAUACAUUUAUAAGUAUUAUGGUGAAUCAAAUCAACAAAAAGAAAUUGUUACACUACGAUUGGAUAGCAACAAGGAAAUGAUCGAUGUAUGUAAAGUGGAAUUUGAUGAUGAUGUCAAACGAAAAUCACAACAUAUAAGAACUCACUGUCAAAAAUUCGAAUACGAAUAUUCAUCAAAAUAUUACUUGUGA